ACUGUUCAGUUUGCCGUGUAUAUCAUAUGCCGCACCAAUUCUGCCGCCGGAAUUUGCGUCAAUGACAAGCAACGAUUAAAAACAAAUUGCGCCGAGCUAAAAGCUUUUGCGGCCAUCAAUUGUGUGAAUUGUGAGCAAAAGCGAGCGCAAAUAAAAUAUAAUAAAAGCCGAAGUGUUGUGAACAAACUCAGAGAACGAAGAAAUAUAACAAACUGGAAAACGAAUAGGGAACUGGAAAAUGACAAUUGCAAAAAGCCAAAAGGAAAUAUGAAAUACUAAGUAAAAGGGAUGUGUGAUUUACGAAUUAUUGAAAUAUUUGCAAAAGUUAUGCAUCCCUAAUUAUUUUAUAAGAUAUGGAGUCUUUGAUUUUUUGUUAAAUAAUUUCGAGAUGGUUUUUCAGGAAUUGAAUUAUCGCCACCGUGUUUAUUAUUAUUUUAUAUCAAUAUCAUGAUAUAACACUUGAGCGUAGUGCUCCGUGCGUGUCGUUUUAGUAGUCUUAAUCGCAAUUGCCUAUCUUUCAGGGCUCUUCCAGGAACAAGUUGAUGUAAAAUUAAAUGCAUUUAAAUUUUGUUCUUAAUUAUAGUCAGUUGCCAAAAUAUAGUAAAGCUAGGCAAAUAACAAAAUAAGGAAAUCAAAAUAAAUUUUGAUGGCCAUUUCACACUAAAAAUAUAUUUAAUUCUUCUAAUUAAAAUAAUACUCAUAUUUUGCGUUAGCAAAAAUGCAAUCAUCAUUAAACAAUUAUAAAAUCUAUUACGUGCUUCUAUAACGAAUAUGCUAUUUCAGUGUAAUCGUGCCAUAAACAUCAUGUAGAGCACUGCAUUACCAUUUCAAAUGUUUUGAAAGAAUUCCUUAAACUAAUGAAAACAAUAGUAGUGCUAAUUUAUUAAGUUUAGUUUGAUUGGAAAACAACUGUAUUAAAACUUUUUGUGAAAAGUUUCAAAAUGCACUACGAAGAGCUAGAAGCUUUGGAUCCCCGUAACACGACAUAUGCAACACGAAUUGAAACACCACCACCACACAAAGUUGCGGUUUUAAUACUGGUGCAGCAGUACUUAAAAGUUAAGAAUGCCGCCACCGAUGCAGGUGUCGCUUAUCCUUUGCAGGCACGCAGAAAUUUUUGUAUGCUACUAUUAAAAUUGAUACAAUAUCCAGAUAUGACAUACAACGAUUUGUAUCAGUUACUCACAUCUCCACGGUAUAAAAUCAAUGCACUUCAUUUGGAAAGUUUUGAAAAAGCCAUGUCCAAUAUAUUUACACUUGGUAUUGAAACACUUUGUGAUUUUGCUGAGCGCCAGAAUUGGGAUAAUCUUUUAUCUGAGGAGUUAGGUGUCAGUCAAUUCAGUAUUGUUGGACUGUAUAUUCGACGUGUCUGUGUUAUUCUGGAGCGUAUGUCAUUUCCCGAAAUUAUGGCUUUAUAUAAAAAUAUUUGUUUAUACUAUGAAAAGGGAGUACGCACACUGGCAAUUGGGCCACGUAGAGUUGGUGGCGCACUGACUAGCGCGCAAGAUAAUUUGUUUCCGCAUGCUGGUGGACGCGGUUCUGAUGAUCCUGGUAAUACAUUAGAAGAAUCUGCUUUAGAUACUGAAACUGUACAUCAAGAUCGAAAUCCUCACAGUAAAUGGUCACCGAAACAAGCCGACCUCUUUGUGGCACAACAAUGUAAAUUGCUAGAAAAUAACGAACUGCGCGCUUUGCCUCCAAUAGAUUUACAAACGAAAAUAAAUGAGAUAAUUCAGGACAAUCCGCUAAACUCGCAAGCCUACUUUCUGGGCUAUAUGAAUCAAUUAAGACUGCGAGAUUUCUAUGGGGCAAUGGAUGCACUUCAUCGUGCUUUCGAUCGGAGUCCUAUGCAAACAGCUACACAAUAUGAACAAAAGGGUUUCCAGUAUUUUAGCGUAAAUUUGGCUGUGUUACAUGCAUGUUUCGAUCAUCGCCGCGAAGCAUUGAACGCACUAAAAGAAUGCAUAAUGCUAGCACAGGAAUGUGGCGAUAAACGUUGCCUUGAUUUGGCAAAUUCUUGGUAUUGUUUAUUGAACAGCAACAAAAUAGACCCUUUUGAAAAGAGCCUGCCCGAUAUUCAGGACCCCGGUCUGGUGCAGUCAUUGUCAUUGGCUAUUCAAUAUGUUGUCAAAUUUGGUGCACAGUGUGGCUAUUUGCCACUCGAUCUCUUUGAAUUGCUCCUGAAGAGCGAUGAACUCAAUAAUAAGAAUUCCAUACUAGAACAUGCUUCCGAUUCUUUAGCGUUAAGAUCUGCGCUGUGGUGCCUUUAUGGACGUCAUGAAAUCUCAUCGUUAUAUGCACAACUACUACUGCAACUGAAAAAAACCUGGGCAUUUGGUGAUAUUGGUAAUUCCGAGAGUGUUAGUAAAGUACUAGCUAGUCUCUCAUUGUGGUUGAAUGUGCAGGGGGAACAUCAAAUGAGCGCUGUCGUACAAAGUCAUGCACGUAGUCGUUUUCCACGUCAUCCAAACGCAAAAAAUUGGAUGAUCAGCGAAUAUCAUAUUGUCAUACAACAAUGUAUUUAUCGCUGCCGUUGGCAGGAAGCACUCAAAGCUUGUAGUCAGUUGUAUUUGCUGGAUAAGAAUGCGGGGAAUUUACAACAUGCCAGUGUAUAUAUUGCGAAGGGAUAUUUAAAUACAGCUCGUCGUAUCAUUUGUAAAUUACAACACAGUGCGAACUUGGAUGUUUUGACGCAAGUUCGUGUUUUGGUCUUACAAGCGUACGCGACAAUUGGUGAGGACACUGUAUCAUCCGAAACGGCGGAAUUUCUCAUACGCGCUUCUGUAUUGGCGACAUCUGCGUACAUGGAAUAUGAACAAGCUGUUAUAGACAUGGUAUUGGCACAGGUGCUGCUUAAAAUGAAAAUGCCACAAAAGGCUUUUCAAGCAGCUAAAAAUUGCAUGGAGAAAAUUUAUGAGAACGGCGGUAUUUAUGAUCGCGCAAAAAUGGAUUUUAUAUUUGUGUGCUGUAUGGUAGCAGCUAGCGAAAGCGAUGCACGGAAGAAAGUUAAUUUACAGAAAGGAAUUUCCAUUUUGGAGAGAGCUGUUGUAUGCUUUAAAAAAUUAGAAGCGCACGCUAAAGUUUUGGAUAUUUUUGUUUACUUGGCAAAAACGUAUCAUGAACUUAAUGAGCUGGAUGAGCGAAACAAAUAUGCCUGCAAAUUCAAACACUAUUAUACAGAGUAUCCUAUUGCGAGAGAAUACCUUGGAAUGGCGUUCUAGUUAUUAUUUAUAUAUAUAUAUAUUAUAUUCUAGUAAUUAGAUUUAGUGCAGUGCUGAAGCAGACUUGUGUAAAAGUUCAGAUCGCGUAUUCAUAUUCGAAAUAUCAUAUAAUUAUUUUUAUGUAUGAAAUUUGUUGCGAAAAUUUUGUAAGUUUCAUUGCAAAAAUCCAUACACAACUUGCAAUAUUUCAGAAAUGAAACAAUAUAUAAA